UUAGGGGAGUCAGCCCAUCCAGAACUUGGACUUUGAGACAAACUUGGGUUUGAAAUGGGAGUUGUCAACCCUGCCUCCAAAGCCAGCUUCUCAGUGAAUUCAAACAACACACAACAGUUUGCCAAUAUGAUUGUUACAGGUGGGAGAAGGCCCAUAUCCCUUUCUGUGGGAGCCUCAGUCGGCUUUGGAUGUGGGGGCAACAAUGAGAAGGUGAAGCUGUCUCUGCAGGAUGUAGCUGAGCUGCUUCGGACCAGAGCCUGCCAGAGGGUCGUGGUCAUGGUGGGGGCCGGCAUCAGCACACCCAGUGGCAUCCCGGACUUCAGAUCCCCAGGGAGUGGCCUCUACAGCAACCUCCAGCAGUAUAACAUCCCAUAUCCUGAGGCCAUCUUCGAACUUGGCUUUUUCUUUCAUAACCCCAAGCCCUUUUUCACGUUGGCCAAGGAGCUGUACCCUGGGCACUACAGGCCUAAUGUCACUCACUACUUCCUUCGACUGCUCCACGACAAGGAGCUGCUUCUGCGGCUCUACACACAGAACAUCGAUGGGCUUGAGAGAGCAUCUGGUAUCCCUGCCUCAAAGCUGGUUGAAGCUCAUGGGUCCUUUGCAUCAGCUACAUGUACGGUCUGUCGAAGGUCCUUCCCGGGGGAGGACAUGUGGGCUGAUGUGAUGGCAGACAGGCUGCCCUGCUGCCCUGUCUGUACUGGCAUUGUGAAACCUGACAUUGUGUUCUUUGGGGAGCCGCUGCCUGCAAGGUUCUUAUUACACGUGGCUGAUUUCGCCUUGGCAGACCUGCUCCUCAUUCUUGGGACCUCCCUGGAGGUGGAGCCUUUUGCUAGCUUGUCUGAAGCAGUACAGAAGUCAGUGCCCCGACUGCUCAUCAAUCGAGACUUGGUGGGGUCCUUUGCUUGGAGUCCUCGUAGCAAGGAUGUGGCCCAGCUAGGUGAUGUAGUUCAGGGUGUGGAAAGACUGGUGGACCUCCUGGGCUGGACACAAGAGCUGCAGGAUCUCAUCCAGCAGGAAACUGGAAAGCUGGAUGGACAGGACAGAUAAGACUAUGGCUUCGUCACCUGUGGGAAAGUCACACAGGAGAUCCUCUUUCCAGGGAGACCUCAUGCCUGAAAACAGCUCGGACAGGUUUACAAAUCUGGGCCAAACCACGUGGGACCUGGUUAGUGGUCUUCUGAGGCUGCCUUUGUAAAGACUGACCAGGGAUGUUUACCCUUGGGGCCAUCAGAAUGCAAAAGAGUCCAUGUGUGCUCUGUCCCAUCACUGCUGAAGCUUGUAGUGCAGAAUGCUUCUUUCUGGCAGUGGUCCUUACGGUUAUCUGUAGGGCAGCACAGCACGUCCACCAUCACCAGACCCAAGUGAUGCACUAGGGUAAUCUACCAUGUCGGUCUCUACAGAGGCAUCUUUGACUAAAAAACAUCUUCAUUUCUCGCAUGAAAUAAAUUUUAGUAUAAAAACUUGGUAUCCUCUCAUUUGUCUCCAGGACAGUAAGGGUUAACAUAUUUCAGGUUAUGUGGGUGUCCUCCUCUUGGAUGACUAGACUGAGCCCAUCUGUCCCUUGACUCACCCUGGUAUUAACUCAGCUCCUUUUCCGCAAUCCCUUAGGAAUACCCAUGUCUUUCAGAAUGCCAUCUGCCCAGCCCUUCCUACGCCACUUCCCACUGCUCCACCCAGGCAUGGCCAGUUACGAUGCUAAAACCAGUGGCAGGCAUUGCUCUGGAAAUCCCAUGGGUCCCUUAUUUUUCCUGUCCUAUGUGCAGUUAUGAUUAAAUGCAGGCUGCUUCGCUUCCUCCUUGGCUGCUACCCAGGUACAUACAGUUUGGGCUGUUGCCCAGGUAGAAGUACCUCCUGAUACUGCACCCAUUCUGACUAGGGCUGACAACAGAUUCCAGGGAAUGGGGUCUCCUAAUUUUGUUCUCCAAUGACAGCAGAUGCACAGUGAUCUAGGAUAUCUUGAAUUCCACAAAGAAUGAAAUUAGUUUCUAUUUAAUAAACUCUCAGCUGGCUACUUUACAUACAA